GAGGGUGACUCACAGAGCGAGGAGGGAACCUGAGGACUCGUCACACAUUUAAGUACUUUGAGUCUGACAGGAGCCCAGGCACCUCCACCUUAAGAGGAUCUUCGACGUCAGGGUGACACAACCCUUCUUUCCCCAGCACAGCGGGCAGAUCGGGCAGAUCACAAGCAGUCCACACCAGCUUCUGUGUCCCCGUUCAUCUUAAGGACGCUAUCUUCUUUUACUGUUCAAGAAAGAAGUGGCUCUGUCAUACACAGGGGGAAAAUGCUCUUUUGGGUGUUAGCCCUCCUGAUCUUUUGUGGUUUUCUAUGGAAUUAUAAAGGACAGCUAAAGAUCACAGACAUCACUGAUAAGUACAUUUUCAUCACUGGGUGUGACACUGGCUUUGGAAACUUGGCAGCCAGAACUUUUGAUAAAAAAGGAUUUCGUGUAAUUGCUGCCUGUCUGACUGAAUCAGGAUCAACAGCUUUAAAGGAAGAAACCUCAGAGAGGCUUCAUACUGUGCUUCUGGAUGUAACUGACCCAGAAAGUGUCAAGAGGACAGCCCAGUGGGUGAAAAACCAAGCGGGGAAGAAAGGCCUCUGGGGUCUGAUCAACAACGCUGGCGUUCUCGGCGUGCUGGCGCCCACCGACUGGCUGACAGUGGAGGACUACAGAGAACCUAUUGAAGUGAACCUGUUUGGACUCAUCAGUGUCACGUUAAACAUGCUUCCCUUGGUCAAAAAAGCUCGAGGGAGGGUUAUCAACGUCUCCAGCAUUGGGGGUCGGAUUGCAUUCAGUGGAGGGGGCUACGCUCCAUCCAAAUAUGCAGUAGAAGCCUUCAAUGACAGCUUAAGGCGGGACAUGAAAGCUUUUGACGUGCACGUCGCAUGCAUUGAACCAGGAUUGUUCAAAACAGAUUUGUCAGAUCCAGUAAAGACCACCGAAAGAAGAUUCACCAUUUGGAAGCAUCUGUCUCCAGACAUCAAACAACAAUAUGGAGAAGGCUACAUCGAAAAAAGUCUAGACAAGCUGAAAGGCACUACAUCCUUUGUGAACAUGGACCUUUCCCUGGUGGUGGAAUGCAUGGACCACGCUCUCACAAGUCUCUUCCCUAAAACCCAUUAUGCUGCGGGAAAAGAUGCCAAAACUUUCUGGAUUCCUCUGUCUCACAUGCCAGCAGUUUUGCAAGACUUUUUAUUGUUGAAACAGAAAGUAGAGCUGGCUAAUCCCAAGGCAGUGUGACUCAGCUGACCACAAAUGCCUGCCCCAGGCUAUGAGAUUGGCUGAUUCCAAGGACACAUCUCCUUCUCCAUCUCAUUCUUUACCUAAUCCAACCUGGACUCAUUAAGAUGAUGCUUCUUUUGGUAAAAGAAGAGAUCCCACCGUCAGUGAUGAUGUCCCAGGGUCCCUUCUCAAACUUUAUUUGAAAAGAUGGGCAGGUAUACACCUGCCCAACAUUUAGGCUUUGCCUGCUUGGUACGAUGUAAGGAAAAUGGGAAGGCUUUCCCAUCCAAAAUGAUCUCCACCCGUUGCCUGCCCCAUGCUUCUGGUCCACAGCACUUAAAAGUAACUCCUGGGGCUUCCCUGGUGGCGCAGUGGUUGAGAAUCUGCCUGCCAAUGCAGGGGACACGGGUUCGAGCCCUGGUCUGGGAAGAUCCCACAUGCCGCGGAGCAACUGGGCCCGCGAGCCACAAUUACUGAGCCUGCGCGUCUGGAGCCUGUGCUCCGCAACAAGAGAGGCCGCGAUAGUGAGAGGCCCGCGCACCGAGAUGAGGAGUGGCCCCCGCUCUCAGCAACUAGAGAAAGCCGUCAGACAGAAACGAAGACCCAACACAGCCAUAAAUAAAUAAAUAAAUAAAUUUUUAAAAAAAAGUAACUCCUGAAUGUUAAAUAUUUGUCCCUUACCAAAACAUUGAGAGAUAAGUAGAAUACUUUCAUAAGUGGAUUAGGUGUGUUAUCUUGCUGAGAGUAAGAUUAAGAAUAAGGAUUAGAACUCAGUUCUUUGAGCUUUGAUGGGGCCAAGAAAAGGAAGGGUAAUGAAGCAUUAUGGAACUGCUAUAAGCUAAGGGGCAGCAGAAAAAUACUAGGUAAGACUACAAGUAGGAGGGAAGGAAAAGGAGAAAAGGAAUAGGAGGACUGAAAAAAAGAAACAAGUGUAAAAGUAGAGGUAGGGAGAUUCCAACACAAGCCUGCCUAUCCUAGAGGGAACUACAGAGGACGGACAGCUUCUUCAAGGCCACUGUGAACAUUAAUGCCCAUACAGCUCUCUGUGGAAAGAUGGUAACAACAGAGGAACCAGUCAUUCCAAAAGAAGAAAAAAUGUAGAGCAUGUGUGUUUAUUCCGGUUUAUUGUAAAUAUAACAAGACAUAGACUGUCUGAUACAAUUACAUCUGAGAUGGUUGGAAAUCCAAUAUUUGAGGGUUCUCUGAAGCCCCAUGAAAAUACAGAGCUAAAUUCAAAGACUCUCUUUCACCUACAGUUACAGUGAGAGCAGGUCUGCUCCUGGCUCAUAUCAUGGUUCUAAAUUGGGUUGACUCUGGACACACCCCCCAUCCAAAACAAACAGCUACCUAAACGGAUGCUUGCCCAAACCCCAGCGCCCAGCCCAGUAUCACUCACAGAGGUUGGCUGAAUAUUUACACGAAAAGCCUGAACUGUCAAAAUUUAACAUUUGUUGCAGAUUAAUGUAGGGUGAAACAGCGGGAGAA